AUGGAUGAUCUUGACGCCAAGGUUAAACGAUUUUGGGAAGUAGAGAAUGAUCAUCAUAAAACUUACUCAGCCGAGGAACAACUAUGCGAAACUCAUUUCGCUACCACGCAUAUUCGCAAUGCUGAAGGAAGGUACAUGGUUCGUCUACCCGUUCGCCAAGAAAUACUCUCUCUCAUCGGCGACACGUGGGCUACGGCAGCUCAAAGGCUUACGGCGGUUAAAAAACGUUUACGAGCGGACGUCGACCUUCGAAAUAGUUACGUACAGUUCAUGGAAGAGUAUCGAAAGCUUGGUCAUAUGGAGGUGCAGACACGCGUCGCGGUGCCCCAGUUUUUCCUACCUCAUCAUGCAAUCUCUCGUCCCGAUUCGUCUACUACAAAAACCAGAAUCGUUUUCGACGGAUCUUGCAAGAGCAGCAAUCAUUUUUCUCUAAACAACGUUCUACUUACCGGGCCUACUGUGCAGCUUACUCUGUUGGCUACUGUGCUCAACUUUCGCGUGCAUCGCAAUGUAAUGACAGCGGACAUAGAAAAGAUGUACCGACAAAUUCUAGUUCAUCCUGAAGAUAGACUGCAACAAAUUCUAUGGCGUCAGAACGAGUCCGAGGUGAUCAAACCAUACCAUCUGAACACGGCUACGUAUGGUACUUCGUGUGCUCCGUUUCUUGCAACAAGAACCCUGAAUCAGCUUGCCAACGAUGGGGACGAUUUUCCGCUAGCAGCCCCCGUAGUAAAACGAGAUUUUUAUGUGGAUGAUUUACUCACCGGGUCGGACAACUUGGAGAUCCUUAUAAAAACAGGACAACAGUUAAUCGAAUUACUGAACAAAGGUGGAUCUUCUCUUCGGAAAUGGAGUUCCAACCAUCCUGCUCUUCUGGAACAUAUCCCGGAAAGGUUUCGUGAAACACUUAGUGCUGUAGAGCUUGAUCAAUCUCCUGCGAUCAAAACUCUCAGACUAUUAUGGUUUCCUGAGGAAGAUCUUUUCGGCUUCAAGAUGCCACAGUUUUCAUGA